CGCUUCAUUCAUAGCACUUAAUGGAUAGAUGUAUAGUCUUAGCAGCUGACGUGUGGUAGUCUAUGGAGGUUAAUGCAGUCCGAGGAUUUUGCUGGCUAUCAGUCAUUAGACUAAUAUUUAUUUUAACCCUGAGUCCUCCCACUUUUGCCUCAUGGAGACACAGCUGAUAGGCAGCUAUAUUGAGAAAGAGGAAGCUGUACAGUAGCCUGAGGCAGUGUAUGAGAAAAGGGUGUCUUCUGCCUGCUCUGUGUUUGUGGAAAUCCGGAUUGGGGGGCGGUGUAAGAGGGAACACAAUGGAGAAUAAAGAAAUAUUUCAUGAAAAUUAUAAUUCUGGAGAGGAACAAGUGGCCACCUCGGAGAGUCAGCCAUCUGAUGUGAGCAGCACUGGGAACAUUGUUAAGGAUGGGGCUUUUGUAAAUCCCAAAGUGCAAGAUGGAAACUUCCCUACAGAAGAAAGUGCACUAUUAAACAGUGGGCAGCAGUCAGCAGAGGUCAGAGCGGAGUCCACCAUGUGCAUGAAGAUGAAGAAGCUAUUUGCCUGUCCCCCCCAAGGACCUCUAUCUGUCAUAAUCACCAAUGUUACCAUGAUAGCCCUUGUUUGGUGUGUCAUAUGGUCUAUAACCGGUGCGGAAUGUCUUCCUGGAGGAAACCUGUUUGGAAUUUUAGCUCUAUUUUUCUGCGCAUUCUUCGGGGGGAAACUUGUUGGUCUCAUUAAGCUGCCAACUCUUCCUCCAAUGCCUCCACUCCUUGGGAUGCUCUUAGCUGGUUUUCUCAUAAGAAAUAUACCUUGGGUCACUGACCUUGUGCAGAUUAAGUAUAAAUGGUCUGCUGCUUUGAGGAACAUUGCUUUAGCCAUCAUCCUGAUACGAGCUGGACUUGGACUGGACCCCAUGGCUUUGAAGAAGCUCAAGGCAGUGUGCUUGCGUCUGUCCCUUGGUCCAUGUGCAAUUGAGGCUUGCUCGGCUGCUCUUCUUUCGCAUUUUCUCUUGGGACUGCCCAUAACAUGGGCAUUUAUGUUGGGCUUUGUCUUAGGGGCUGUAUCUCCUGCUGUUGUUGUCCCUUCAAUGCUGAUAUUGCAACAUGGAGGAUUUGGGGUUGAGAAGGGUGUCCCGACCUUGCUAAUGGCUGCUGGAAGCUUCGAUGACAUCUUGGCAAUAACAGGCUUUAAUACUUGCCUAGGCAUGGCUUUUUCAUCAGGCUCCACCAUUAACAGCAUUGUCAGAGGAGUACUGGAAGUAGUGGUUGGCAUAUCUGCUGGACUCCUCUUGGGAUUUUUUCUUCACUACUUUCCAAGCAAAGAUCAGGGAAAUCUAAAAUGGAAGAGGACUUACAUUGUCCUGGCUCUGGCCAUAUUUGCAGUAUUUGGCAGUCUGACGUUUGGUUUUCCUGGUUCUGGAGGCCUAUGUACACUAGUUAUGGCAUUUCUAGCAGGCAUUGGAUGGUCAGCUGAUAAGACUGUUGUUGAAGAUGCAAUUUCAGUUGCUUGGGACAUCUUUCAACCACUGCUUUUCGGUCUGAUUGGUGCAGAAAUAUCUGUUGCAUCUCUGAAACCGGAGACUGUUGGGUUAUGUGUGGCCACACUUGUCAUAUCUUUGGCAAUUCGUGUAUGCGCAACAUAUUUAAUGGUAUGCUGUGCUGGAUUUAAUUUAAAGGAAAAAAUAUUCAUCUCCCUGGCUUGGAUUCCUAAAGCAACAGUACAGGCUGCAAUAGGGUCAGUAGCCCUCGACACAGCAAGGACAAAUGGAAAAGUAGAGUAUGAAGAAUAUGGUAUGGAUGUCCUCACGGCAGCGUUUUUGUCGAUACUGAUCACCGCACCAAUAGGAGCAGUCAUCAUUGGCCUGACAGGACCCAAAAUGCUACAAAAAGCAACUGAUGAAGAUAAAGAACAAAGAACCACGAUAGGAGAAUCUAGUAUUGUAUGAAAAGCAGCAGUUCCUCCAUGCAGGUUGUGGAGGGUCGGGAGAAGUGACUCCUUGACUGACAAUUUUUCUAUAUAGGCAUUACACUGGUUUGGAAUGGAUAUAAAUUCAAAUAGCUGGUAUUUUAGCAUAAAGCCACAUUUGUUUAAUUUUGAAACGGUUUUAUUGUAUUUGUGGAACAUGACUGGGAGGACAUAUAACUAAAAUAAAAAGGAUUACAAAGCUAAAAACUAAAUAUAGCAGUUGGAAAUUGUUUGCUGGUUUGUACACACAAAGGAAAUACCACGUUCAACAAUAUUUUUCAAAAAUGGAUCUAAUGUGUAUUAAUGUAA